UUUCCAGUUUCUGCGAUGAUCUUUUAACUUUUAAGACUUGCUGCUGUCAAUUUACCAAUACUUUUUAUUCAUAAAAACAUAAGUUGCAAAAACCAAGCUAUAUCGCUAGAUAGAUUGCCAAUAGGGAUUAUUUUCUGUGGAUGCUGAAGAGUGCCAUUUUGAGAGUGGUUUUUUUGAGAGCGUGUUUGUGAUUGCAUUUUCUUUACCGGCCGGUUGUUUCGGUUUGGCAGUGGCCCAGUGGCAGUGCAUGAGUGCAGUGCCGUGGACGCAGGGUGCGAGUGGCGGGUGACAAGCCUACGACGACGCGAGGCCUAGAGACAGUUUUGUAAUUCAAGAUUUACGAAUCUUUGAUGUCAAAGAUGUCAUCACCACGUCUUAUCGAUCUUCCUUGGGAGGAUGUCCUCAUCACCCGCAUCCUUCCCCAUCUCACCAUCAUUGACAUCUUCAGACUACGCUCCUUAAACAAAGACUUCUGCGACCUUGUCCAGGCUUACUUCCAUCAUCAACGCUCACUGGAUUGGUCCAACAUCACCUGUCGAGCAAGCGCUGAUGCUUUCAAGAUCGCCACAAGGGACGUGGAGAACUUACAGAAGCUCGUUGUAACAAACUGCAGGGGUUGGUUGACUGAUGCGACGCUUGUAUCCAUCAUCAAGAGGAACCAGCGGCUCCGUCAUAUUGACCUAUCGGAAUGCUCCGGGCUGUCGUGUCUGACGAUAAACAUGAUCGCGGGGCGGUGUCCAGAUCUACAGACGAUGCUACUACGGGAGUGUCACUGGGUGUCGUCGUCGAUGGUCGAGUGCCUAACGAUGCAGUGUAAGAAUCUGGAACGGAUCGAUCUGACGGGUUGCUGGGAGCUGAACGAUGACACCAUCUACAUGUUAGCGUCGUUGCAGCCUCAACUUCGCUGGAUUUCGUUGGCGAGGAUCUACGGAAUAACUCAAGUGUCCAUCGAGAGGCUAGCUUUGAAUUGCUACCAGCUGGAGUAUUUGGAUAUAGAAGGAUGCUGGCGUGUUACUGAUGAUGCUAUUCAUAAACUAGCUCAGAAGUGCCAGAGCCUGAAGACGUUGAAGGUUAAAGACUGCCGGAAUAUAACAGAACGAAGCUUAUCCCGACUCCGUAUCCAAGGCGUGAGUAUCGACAUCAGGGGAACUGGACAAAGAACCCGCCCGAAUACUGCAGGCAACGCCCCACCCAACCCGCCUAUGGUCAUGAGGCAGUUUCAGCUACCGCUUAAUUAUAGAUUAUAAACAAUUUGGCGCUCGAGUCAGAAAUUUGUCCAGAUUCCAAAUUUUGUGAUCUGUUGCCUUGGUAACAAAUACUCAUCCAAAUGUUGCCAUGGUAACAAAUGCAUUAUUUUCAACUCUCUGUAUAAUAGCAAACAGCGCCACGUCUGUCAAAAAUUACAUUGUUUGCACUGAGUUAUGAUGUACCAUGGAGAUUGUUAAAUGAUUUUAUUAGGCGAAUCGUGUCUGUAUUUGAAAUUAAGUUCACAUUACUUUGUUCUUUCUGUUUAAAAUCAUGUCAAGAAAUUCACACAGGAAACUACAUUAUUAAUUAUGGUGGCCAAUGUGACUAACAUUGGAAAUGCCCAUCAUCCAGGUCAACGGACUGUUUUAUAUGUUAACAGGGUUUAUGGUUGUAAGCUAGAGAUGUUUUAGUGAUGGGCUCUGAAUCUACAUCUUUGGAAGUCCACCAAGGGCGAGUAGAGCCCUCUGGAGGACCAUAUAUGUACCUCUAUUGGUGGACCAAGUGCCACCCUGUUGGGGGUUUAAGGGGGUAUACAUUGUAUUUUGCUUUGUACCCAGUUUGCCCACAAUUAUUCAUGUUAUAGGGCCACCACCAUUGCCUGAUAAAAAAAACAAGGUAUAAGCCCUGUUCCCAAACUGUCCAUAUUACAGGGCCAACAACAUACAAUAAUUUGAACAGCCUUUUUUGACUUUGUUCUUUCUCUGUGAUAUUUGAUACUCGUUAUCAGUGGCAGAGCCUUCAUCAGUGGCAGAGCCUUCGCAGUGUCUAGGUCAGUGCCGUUAUCAGACAUCAUGUUGUUUAUCAAUUCAGUAUUAGCCCAUCCCUAAGACUCUAUAUCCCAAGACCUGGCUGCUUGAUCAAGGAUGAUCUUUAAUCACACUUGCAGGCCUCGAAAUAAGACUUUGCACCUAAAGCAAUUGUCGUGGUGCCCUGUGCUUUAGAUGUGGUGCCCUUUGCAAGGAACCACAAACUUAUAUUUUCCUCAUAGAGUGCACCUGUCCAGAGAAAUAUUGCAGUGGCCCUUCGAGAGAAAAGUUCAAGGCCCGCAGAUGAUAUUAUUUUGAUUACUUUAGGGGAAACCUGUGCCAGGCAGCAAAGUAUUUGCCUAGAGAACUGGGCAGAAAUUUAGAGUUCAGUGCGGUCCAAUGUUGAUUUCAUGCUGAAUAUAAAAUUGUAAUAUACACUAUAAUGUUAGUGUAGAUUAAAAUCUAUGAGUAUUUAUGUAUAAUGUAUAAGAAGUAAUUGGUUAUUGCAAAGUUAUAUAUAUUUUAUCAAAUCGUAUUCAGGGUAUUUAUGUACAUUGUUUUUAGAAUGAAUUUUGCACUGGCUAUUUGAGAACGGUUCAAACUUUUAAGUUGAAAGGAAGGAUAUUCAAUUUUAGACCCAAGAUGCGUUUGUUUUUUAAAAGUCCUUUAAUUGAUGUGCUAUUUAAGUGAUCGUUGUUGUCAUUAUGCACAAAUACAGGGUUAUAAAUAAAGCAUGCACAGUUAAUUUUGGUUGUGGUACAAACAUUUUCUUUCUUCGACUUGGAGAAUUGACUGCUCCAGUAAGCCAUGUCUCUUAAUAUAUUUAGAGCAAUCCCAAUUUUGAACAUAAAACAAUGUCAAAACAGUUCUUCCGCUUCGAAGCACAAUGAACAAUUUGGGUUAGUGACAGUCUCAAACAUAGGGCUGGAUAGCUCAGUUGGUAGAGCUCCGGUACGCUAAUCCAGAGAUCGUUGGUUCAAGUCCCGUUUCGUUAAUCUCCUUCGUUAAUCUCCUUUAUUAAAACCAUAAUAAUUUCAUAAAUGCAGGUAAAACUUUAGCACAUCCUCCUUGUAUCACUAAUUUUUUUAUUUUUUUAAACAACACAACCUUUAAAAAUACAAAACUUUAAUAAAAAAGUCACUUGGCUCGACAUCUUUUUAAAAUAAAAUCUAAAGUUAUAUAACAUGCAGAUAAAAAUGAAAUAAACAUUACUUUACACAACAUAAAAACAAAUACAUGUAUUACUGUUGAUCAAAAUUACGUUAACCCAUCACACCAAUGAGGGCAAUAUCUCUGCACCGAAACGCUUACCCGAGGCUUAACAAACUGUUGCUUUUAUUUCUUGUCAAACCUUGGUCUAGAGGAUGACACCUCCUGAACCUCGCAUUUCAGAGGUUGUACAGUCUCUCUACAUCCCCAUGAAUAAAGGAGUAGGGUAGUGGGCCCAAGUCUCCCCUUGGUCUAGAGGAUGAAGCCCCCUGAAUCUCAUGGGUGUUUCAUUUCAGAGGUUUUACAGACUCUCAACAUCCCCAUGAAUAAAGGACUUUGGUAGUGGGUCUGGGUCUCCCCUUGGUCUAGAGGAUGAAGCCCCCUGAACCUCAGGGGUGUUACAUUUCAGAGGUUUUACAGACUCUCAACAUCACCAUGAAUAAAGGAGUAGGGUAGUCGGCCUGGGUCUCCCCUUGGUUAGUCUAGAGCAGCGAGAUUGUAGCCCCCUGAACCUCCUGGGUGUUACAUUUCAGAGGUUUACAGACCCUCAUGGGUGUUACAUUUCACAAAUAAAAUAUUUCUUUCAUCCCGCUUAUUGGCACCUUUGCUUUUAAAAAAAAUAAGAUAACAAAAAAUCUUUUUUAACUUUGCACAUGAAAUUACGAGAGAAAAAACCACUGACCCCAAACUAGGCAGCAUCAACUGAAUACAUUUGUCAUGAACUUCUUAACAAACAAACAAAAUCACAAAUUAAAGUCAAGUUUAGCUUUUACUUUCAGAAAAAAUAAAUCAGAAAAAAUAAACAAGAAAAAUACAGGCCUUCUUUGGUGGUUUUGUUGCUAUUUGGAACAUCCACCUUGCACCAAUGGCAUGCCUGCAACUCAGCGUUCUUCCUGAACAGUGGUCUGCUUGCCAGAUACAACACUUUCUUUCUUUGUUUUUCUUAAUGAUGUUCCCAUCAAGAACUCGGAAAUCUCCACAAGGGGAUAUACACACCAAGCUUGCAACAGUCAAUCUCUCUUAUAGCAACUUUGGCUUAACGUCUUUGAUUAUGCAUCGCACAAAUCAAGAAAUGUUUACACAGUUACUUGACGACAAUACUUAUUCUAGUAAUUGUGAGAACAGUGGUUAGCUUGGUAGGAUUCGAACCCACAAACUUGUGAUUGCAAGUCUUGCAGUCUAACCACUUGACAACUGUGAACCCCAAUGACCAUUGAGAGUUCUGUCCAACUGGUCCAGAUAGAUACUUUCUUGCUUUCGUCAACUACAAUAGCGACAUGGCCAUCACUUUUAUGCAAGAUGCAGCACCAUCCCUUCACAAAAUAUUUGGCGAAAAAGUUGCAACUAUUACGACUCUACCUAGCACACACAUGGCCAUUAUUUAGGAUACUUGGCACUUUUGUUAUGAAAAAAACUGGGCAAAAUUUCACAUUCAUCACCGAGUCAAUUCAAAAUAAAAAUAAAAAAAUUCAAAAAACAACUCUGUUCAACAUACCUUCAUCUUUUUCUUACAAAUUUAAACUCUUUUUAAACGACAAAAAGCAAGAUAUACAAAAAACAGACAUCUUCUUGCCACACAAAUACUUUCAACUAAAAUAAAUAAUGCAACAUCAAGGGAAAAAAAAAAUGGUCAACAAAAACAAGUUUAA